CACACAUAGGAUGGCCAUGGAAGGUUCAAAUACAUGUAAGGAUAUGGACACAGAUGAAUUUAACGGUUACAAUACCAUGGAUGCACAUAAAAUUACAGUUUUAAUCUAAUUGCCCUUACAUAAUCAAUGAUGACAUUGUAGAUUGUUUUACGGCAGCUAUGUAGUAAGGUCGUCAUGUUUGUGGGAAAGGCUACGCGUUUUUCGCUUAGCUUUUCUAAUAGGUUUCUAAUUUUGGCCUCACGCUUAACACAACUGAAAAAACAGAUGAUUCAAGUCGCUCUGGGGAUCUCCGCAAUCGCAGGCUGGGGAGUCUAGGAUACCAAUUUUAAACAAAUGGGCCGGAUAUUUACCGUCACCAAAUUUUAACCUUGCUAUGGUAGUAUAAUAGAAUCUUGAAAUCCUAAUGUUUUUGUACCAGUGCUCUUUAAUAAUGUUAGGAUGAAUGAUGGAGUAGUGUGUUUUUUUAAUUGAGUAAGCGGUUUUCCAAUAAUUUUCCCAUUGGAGAUAGGUCAAAGAAUCAGUUUGCAGUGUGAAAGAAGUAAAACUUAAAUUGACGACUUGGUUGAAUUCGGACAUAAAAAUGGAAGUAUCUAGGAAGAAAAAACUGGAAGAUAUACCUUGGAAGCAAAACAAUGAAAAAUACAAACAUCAAAGGAAAUUGGUUAAAGAUAAGUGCAAAACUGCUAAAACCAGGAAAUAGGAUGAAUUUGGCGGAUUGGCAAGAUGGCGGAGGAAAUUCUAAGUUGCUACAUCCAGUGAUACAAAAUCUUAGACAACUUAAAGCGAUUGAGAUGGGUCGAGAUGUAUAGAAGACAAAGAUGGGAUUUUAUUGCUCCCUGAGACACAAAGAACUAAAAGAUGGGUAACAGCAUUUUAUGGAAGUACCAAAUAGGGAUGCCAAUGCUACCAAUGCAACUGAAGAAGUCAAUAAUACCUCAGAAGGAGUUGAGAACUACACGUGAGUCGGUGGAAAAAGCAAAUCUCGAGUACCAAAAGCUUCUUUCUGAAAAGGAAAAACUGUCAAACAGCGCUAACAGUCCAGAUGAUAUAUUCAGUUUCCACGACGAGUUUAUAAAACGCAAAGAGGACACUCGAAAGAGACUAAUUCACCUCUUCAGAUCCAUACUUUACGGAAAUGUUACGAUUUCUCAGCAGAAAAUUGAGAGUAAGAGGAAACACCUCAAGUACAAUGGUGAACACAAUUACAUACUCCAGGAGCUUGAAGAAAUAAGUUCCCUCAUCAAAGCCAUGGAGCAGCUCGCUCGCGAGAAUAAAGAGAAUGACCCCCCACAAGAGACUGCCAAGAAGGGAAAUGAUCCGGUUGCGCCAGUCGAGAAAAAGGUAACGUUUGAUGAAACUGUCCUCAGUCCACCACCUAGACGAAGAGGGCGACUUAUACAAUCUAAACCGGUUCACAUUCCCAGUGACCCACUCCAGAAUACAAAAAAAUAAAAUUAUGCGUUUUUGUUCAGUACUGUCGUUCUUUGUUCAAAUUUCCAUAGUAUUAGACUCGUCUUUGUAUAGUUUCUUGUUAACCUUUGUGUAAAUAAAAUAUUUGUUCAUUUA